AUGACGCGUAUAUCUCCGUUAAAAUCGAAAGACAUUUUAAAAGUGAAAAUGGAGCCAGAUUUAAUGAAACUUAUAAAUACGUCAAAUUCAAAAUUUACCCUCACAGUAAAUGGAUCUUAUCUUCUUGAAAAUAAGAACCACUGCUCAUCUGUGUCAAAUUUGACAAUUCUUGUUAUAGUCUUAUCAGCACCAAAUAACUUUCAAAGGCGAAUAACGAUCAGAAAAACCUGGGCAAAUGGAAGCCUUUAUUCUUCGUACGGAACAAUGAAAGUUAUCUUUCUUCUCGGCAUCAUUGAUGACUCUAAAGUUCAAGGUAACAUUGAGAAAGAGUUUAAGCUCUAUGGAGAUAUUGUACAGGGUUCGUUUAUAGAUUCUUAUCACAACUUGUCUCACAAAUCUGUUAUGGGCUACAAAUGGGCAACUAAACGAUGUAGAAAUGCUAAAUAUGUUAUCAAAACAGACGACGAUAUAGUAAUAAAUAUGUUUCGAGUAUUCAAAAGUGAUAUCCGCGUGAUGGCUUUGAACUGGAAUCAUGUGCAUUGCCUACGUCAUACCCGAGCUAUAAUUUUAAGAGGUAAAUGUAGUAAAUGGUAUGUCGAAUCUAAUCAGUUUAAAGGAAGGACUUUUUAUCCACCAUACUGUAACGGACAAUACGUGUUGAUGCUCAAUGUCAGAGUUCCAUAUUUAUACGAAUCAGCAUCGCAAACUCCGCUGUUUUGGAUUGAUGAUGUAUUUAUAUACGGAAUUGUUAUAGGCAAUAUACCUACACUGAAAUUCAGACAUAUAACUUGGAGAGCAAUUGGAACCUACAGGAGAAAAUCACAGUCUGAAACAGAAAAAAAACAAAUUACAGUUAUAUAUAUAUCAAGUUACUAA